AUAAGAUGAAGUAGAACAUGAAUGUUAACCUCUUUGACGUGUAUGAGUUGUCCAUGAAAAUAUUCUAUACAAUAUCGUUGAUCUAAUUCAAUACGAAAUGUUACGAAUCAUAUUUUUCAUCUUGAUAUGUAGUUUUGUUGAUGUUUAUUCUGCCAGUCUCGAAACAGUGAGUGAUGAAGAGCUUAUAAAUCUCAUAAAAACUGAAAAAUAUGUGGUCGUACUUUUCUCAAGCAAAGAUUGUACGACAUGUGAUAACUAUGAGAAUGAAUUGAUUCAUUUAAGGGAAGAUUUGGUAAAUUCAUUGUCAAGCUGGGUUAUAAAAGCUGUUGAUAGUCAAUUGCUUCGUCUCUAUAGUGCUGACAAAGAACCAGCACUUGUAUUUUUCAGACACGGAAUGCCUUUACUUUAUGAUGGUCCAUUAAAUGAUGAAGAAAUUUUAACUAUAUUUACUGAAAACAAGGAACCUACUGUAAAAGAAUUAACAGAUGAUACUUUUGAACAUUUAACUCAAGCAAGUAGUGGAGCUACAACUGGAGAUUGGUUUGUUAUGUUUUAUAGUACAGAUUGUGUGGAAUGUGUUAGAAUGAUUGCAAGAUGGGAAGCUGUAGGUGCAAAAUUAAAACAAAGGGUUAAUGUAGCACGUAUUGAUAAAUAUACAACUGGAGCAUCUACAGCAAGAAGAUUUAAUGUUUAUAAAGCUCCUGAAUUUAUAUUAUUUAGACAUGGAAAAAUGUAUCGUUAUCAGAUUACAAAAUAUGAUAUUAACUCUUUUGUAUCAUUUGCAAAAGAAUGGUAUAAAAAUGCACGUGCAGAAUCUGUUCCUGUACCACAAAGCCCAUUUGAUGAUCUUGUACAAAUGAUUGCAAAUUUCCUUCGUGAAAAUCCGUGGAUAAUGAAACUCGGUAGUAUAACAAUUGGUGUAUUUAUUAUCAUUUCUGUAGCUUCUAAAUUUAGACGUAAAACUGAGGUUCCACAAAAGAAGGACUAAUUUACCAAAGAUAUAUAUUAUGGGUACUCUGUCAGCUAUUAGCAUUUAUAAUUUUAUAUAAAGCACAAUACAUACAUACAUACAUACAUACAUACAUACAUACAUAUAUAUAUAUAUAUAUAUAUAUAUAUAU